AUGCCUCGGAUCAUGUUCCCCGAAAGUGAUACAGAACCAGAAAAAUAUUCAAGGAGAUCAAGACAAGUGCGGGUGUUCUUCGCUGAUGACAAUGAUUCCACCAACAGAAGCGUGAAGAUACGUCGCAGUCGAGCUCCUAGAAAAAACUAUAUGGAGGACAGUGAGGAUAAACCCAUUCAAGAAAAUGUCCGAAGAAGCUGUCGUAAGCGCAAACUCCUACAUCACAAUUUUAACGAGAGCUGGAUCACAAACGAGCUGAAGGUCAAAGGCUACCCAGACCUAUAUGGCUUCCCCGGCUCUAGUUCUUCAGACGAAUUCUCUUCAGCUGACGAGGCUAGGGUUGCCUCUAAGAAACUUACACGUAGUCACCCCCCUACCAACACCGACGAAGACACCCAGCUGUCGCGACAGAGAAGAACUUCUGCCAGAUUCAGCAACAAGAAGACUAUUGACGCGACAGAAUCAGAUUCAGAGGAGGAAAACAAUCAAACCGUUAUUGAGAAAAAGCCAUCGACGGAAACUAAACAAGAAGAUGAGAACAUGGACACAGAAGUACCUGCUGCUGACAAAGAGGAUGAAAAAGAAGUAAAGAAGGAAGAGGAACCUGUACAGGGACAAGAUAGUGAGAGUAACCAAGCUCCAACAAGAAGUAGUAGAAGAAGGCCUGUCCGAAGUAGAACUAAGAAAGUGGAUAGUCAACAGGAAACAGAGUCAUCGUCCUCGGAGUCUGGCAGUGAGUUGACAUUAAGUCGUCAGCCGCGUCGCUCCAAGCGCACGCGCAAACCUAAACCUGCCUUCAUGCAGAUCGCACAGGACGAGACCCGGUCCAGAGCAAAAACAUUCACAAUAAGAAAGAAGCCAUACUGCCUUAGAGAGAGGAAGCCAAAAAUAUUACGUAGGAAGACAAUCAGAUCACAAUCGCCGUCUAGUACGACCAGUAGCAGUAGUACUUCUAGUUCGGACACCGAAGAGGAUCUUAAUGUUUCUAUGAAAAAUAAAACAAAGGGCAGACAAAAGUCAAAGUCGACGGAUGAUAAGAAAACAGAUAGAGCACUGAGGGAGAUACAGCCAGUUGAAGUGGAUGGUAGCGUCAGAUUUAGUUCUGUGGGAGGUCUAGAAGAGCACAUUAAAUGUCUUAGAGAGAUGGUACUCUUCCCUCUAAUGUACCCGGACCUCUUUCAAAAGUUCAAGACGAGGCCAGCCAAAGGAGUCCUGUUCCACGGUCCGCCCGGUACUGGUAAAACGUUGCUAGCAAGAGCUUUAGCCAAUGAGUGUACAUUGGUUGGUGGACGAAAAGUAGCUUUCUUCAUGAGAAAGGGAGCUGAUUGCUUGAAGAAAUGGGUUGGAGAGAGUGAACGCCAUCUUAAAUUGCUGUUUCAACAGGCGAACAAAAUGAAACCGUCAAUAAUAUUCUUCGACGAGAUCGAUGCGCUUGCGCCAGUCCGCAGCGUCCGACAGGAACAAGUACAUACUAGUGUUGUCGGCACGUUACUGGCUGAGAUGGAUGGCCUAUGUGACAGGGGCGAAGUAGUGAUAAUCGGUGCGACGAAUCGUUUAGACGCAGUAGACCCUGCGUUACGUCGCGCGGGUCGAUUUGACCGAGAGCUUCACUUCCCACCGCCACACGCCACCGCUAGGAGGGAUAUACUGGAGAUAUAUACUAAGGAAUGGACGCCAAGACCUAGUGAAGAGACCUUGGAUUAUUUAGCUGAAGUCACUGGGGGUUAUGGAGGCUCGGACCUGAAGGCGUUAUGUUCGGAAGCAGUGUUGAAAGCGCUGCGUCGAGUGUACCCACAAGUGUAUGAGAGCGAGCACGCCCUGGUUAUUGAUGCUAAGAAUGUGGAGGUGACCCGUGCCGACCUGGUGUGUGCGAUGUCGUCGCUGGUGGCGGCGGGCGCGCGCAGUGUCCCCGCGGCCGCGCGCCGCCUGCCGCCCCACGCCGCGCCGCUACUGCAGCCGCAGAUACACGCCGCUACUGCUCUACUGCAGCAGUGCUUCCCACUGGCUAAUGCAGUAGAUGAUAGUAUAACCGACCCAUCUCUAUCACAAAGCGUGCUCCUAAUAACGGGCGAGUGCGCAGAGACUCACAUAGCUCCCGCAAUACUCGCCCAGCUAGAGCAUUGUACUGUGAAGGAACUCAGCAUGUCUACGUUACACUCCGCUCUCACCUUCACACAAGAACAGGCUGUAAUAUCAGUAUUCUCGGAGUGUCGUCGCGCGGAGCGUGGCGUGGUGUACGUGCGCGACGCGUGCGCGGCGGGUGGCGCGGGGCUGGGCGCGCUGCUGCGCCAGCUGUGGCGGGCACGCGCCGCCGGCCCGCGCGCGCUACUGCUCGCCACCGCGCCCGCCGCGCACCACGACUUGCCCGCUGAGCUACAAGAACUAUUCCCAGUAUACAAAGACUGCGUAUACAAGGUGCGUGAGCCCAGUGCAGCAGAAGUGAUCAACUUCCUGAAGCCAAUACUGGCUGAGGCACUACUGGACCCACCGCCCAUUGAGAACAACGAGCCACCUCCUCCGUUACCAAGAGCCCCUCCACCGCCACCACCUCGCGAGUCCGCCGAGGAGAUGACGCGACGCAAGCGCAAGGAAGACUACAAGCUGCGCGAGCUGAGGAUAUUCCUGCGAGACAUCUGUAGGAAACUAGCGUCCAACAGACGGUUCUACAAGUUCACUAAACCUGUGGAUUUGGAGGAGGUAACGGACUACUUAGACAUAAUAAAGCAGCCGAUGGACUUGGAAACCAUGAUGACCAAAGUCGACAUGCACAAGUAUAACUGCGCCAAAGAGUUCUUAGAUGACAUCGACCUUAUAUGCGCAAACGCACUCGAAUAUAACCCGGACAGAACGUCAUCAGACAAACAGAUACGUCACGAAGCGUGUUCGUUACGUGACCACGCGCACGCGCUUAUUGACGUCGAAAUGGACAGUGACUUCGAACUGGAGUGCCAGGAGAUUGCCAAGAGAAGGCACGAGGAAGGCAUGGCGGAUAAUGACCUACCUGACUUUAUUUGUACUGCUUCUAAUUUACAUCACUUCGACUCGAUAGUGAGCGAUAAGUCGCGGACGCCACAGAAUGGCGACAAGAGUGAUCCGCAUUCAGUAAAGCGCAAGCGUAGACGCAUGAACGCGUGGUCCAAGGGGCUGGUUGUGAAACGACAGAAGACUUCAAAGAACUUCAAAGACUCAAGUAUGGCGAUAACAGACGAAGAAUCAAAAGAGAACAAGCCGAUCACAUCGACUCCACUCCCCAACGGUGAAGUGAGCACGUCAUCUGGCAGUGAUGACGACGCACCACUCCGCCGGCCGCAGGACAAUGACACCAUAUUCAAUAUAUCGGCGCAAACUGUCGUACAUAAUCAUGUGCUGGAGAGUCCCACGAAGUCGACAGAAAAGACACCCUCAAAGACAUCACCAAAGAAGAGAAAUUCAGGCCACGAAAAUACGAGUGCAGAAACGGAGAAAGUACUGAUAAACAAGACUGAGUUAGAUAACGUUGUAUAUAAGAACGCGAAGUCACUUCGGACGAUCGGGCUUGAAGCGCUACUGGACUUGCACGCGCAACUGUCGCAAGUCGUCUCAAGUUACGCCACUAAACUCGACCGGACUAAACUACCACAGGACUUGAAUACAAUCGUCACGAGGUACUUGCAGUAUGCGAAGAAAUGA